AUGGCAGAAGAGCCUACCAAAGCAAAUGAGAUCGACAAAAUUUUAGAUUUGUACAAAUGCAUGAGUUUAAAUCCUUACGUCGUUUCUGCUCGAAUUAUUUCUAUCGCUAGAAAUGGAAUUUCUGUCCAAACUGUCUGGGCACAAAGAAAUCUCGAAAGAAAUGAGCAGCAAAAAUUUACGCAGGAUCUUAGCUUGGAUGCUGAAUUACAACUUCUAGUCGAAAGCUUUCCCAUCGAUGUCUCUACGCAACUUUUGACCACAUCUUCAGAAAAUGAAAAGUUCAAGGCAAUUUUAAGACAAGUGACAGUCGAUGGAAAGCCGAAACAGUAUAUCGAAGUAUGGGAUCGACAACAUCGCAUCAGAAAUUACGAUCUUAGUGCAUACGAUGUGCACGGAGAAAUUUACUCAGACAAUAUUUUUAGCUCAUUUCACUUUUCACCCGACAAUACCAAACUCAUGUACGUCGCAGAAAAAAAAUUACCAAAAGUAGAGCCAUUUUAUACGACUAAGCCAAAGAAGCAAACUCCUGCCUCAGAAAAUAAACCAGAACCAAUUAGAGGUCAAGAGUAUGCAUUCAAACCACAUUGGGGCGAGCAAUUAGAGGGUCGACACCGUUCAGUAGUGAUAAUUUUGAAUCUUCAAAACGACACGUUUUCUGAAGUCACUCAAGUACCGGAUGAAUAUUUUCCGGCUGAAACGAUUUGGUCCGCCAAAGGCGAUUGCAUCGUCGGAGUGGCAUACAAGAGAUACCCAAGGUACCUUGGUCGUUUCAAUUGCAGCAAUCGCGAAUCGUACUUGUUCGUAGUUAAAAACAAUGAAUUUCGUUUACUAACUACUGCUGGAAAAGCUUGCAAAACACCUCAAUUCAGUCCGGACGGAAGGUACUUGAUAUGGCUAGAAAGAGAAACUGGUAAACAGCAUCACAAUGUACAGCGACUCAUGAAGAUUCAAUGGGGCUUCAAUGAGACUCCUGAUAUAUUAGUAGAUGUAGUAAAAACAAGCAUAGAAAUUGCCGACAAAAAGAAAUUUUUCGGAUUUUACGGUCAUAACAUACCCAAGCGUUGCUGGAGUAGAGAUUCAAAAUAUUUAUUCUUAAGUACUCAGCAAAGAUCUAACAUAAAAUCCUACGUAGUUAGUUUGGAAACGAAAAUUAUAGCAGAAAUAGAAAAUCCUGACGGUAGCAGUUUAAACAUUCUAGAUGUCCGAAGAAAUCGAAUUGUUUUCACGAGAACUUCAAAUAUUCUACCGCCUCAAUUGGUCGUUGGAAAAUUUGAUCCAACAAAGCCAAAAAUAGGAGCUAUCAAGCUGGUGAAUCUGACGAAACCUCUUUUGAUUCCUAGCAAAGAGAGACUCAUUUACGAACACAUAGAGUUUGAAUAUAAAACAGAUGAACCAGUCAGAGACUUUAACUUCACUUACUUUGGUUACAAAUCGACGAAAAAGCAUUCGAUGCCUUUGCUCGUAGUUCCUCAUGGAGGACCGCACGAUUCAUUCUGCAAUCAAUUCAACAUGGAUCUGGCAAUUUUUGCUCUUUUAGGUUUUGCUAUAAUACAAAUCAACUAUAGAGGAUCUUCAGGAAUGGGUAGGGACAACAUCGAAUUCCUCACUGGAAAUAUCGGUGAGACCGAUGUUCUCGAUUGCAUGACAGCUCUCAAAUUGGCUCUAGCCAAGUAUCCACAUAUCGAUCCUGCUAAGGUGGCUCUUUAUGGCGCGUGCCACGGAGCCUUUUUGUGUGCUCAUUUGAGUGGACAAAACCCAGACUUAUUCAGAGCUGUUGUAAUGAAAACUCCGAUUAUCGACAUCCCAUCUAUGUACACCAACACCGAUAUCCCCGACUGGUGUCCCGCAAAUACUGGUUGCAAAUUUCUCGAACGUUUACCCCCGGCUGCUUUGAACACGAAUUACUCAGAGAUUACUUUGCACAUGUUCGAUCGCUCGCCCAUACAAUUCGCGGACAAAGUCAAAGCACCGACUCUCAUUGCCGUAGGCACGAAAGAUUUACGUUGCCAUUCGUCUCAGGGUAGACUGUGGUACGGCCGAUUAACCGCCAAUCAAGUACCAGCUAAACUAUAUGUUUACGGAGAUAACCAAACUCUGUCGAAAGAGGAAAUAGAAAUUGAUUUCGUUAUCAAUGCGUCUCUGUGGUUAAUUAAACACGUUGCCAACGUCGUGCCACAAAUAACAAUUCAACCAACUAUUGUUGCCGAAGAAGUGAAAUUGCCAGUUGAAGAUCCACCCGUCAAAGCAGUCAAGGAAGAGGUCGAAGUGAAAGAAGAAGAAAAGACAGAAGAAACCGUAGAACAACCCGCAGAAGCCUAA